AUGACAAUUUUAUUUACGGAAUUAAAUAUGAGAACUGUCGGUGUUUUGUUGAUUUUGGCAACAUUCGUUGUAAAUGGUCAGUUUUCCUAGUCGAUGUGAAGUAUUGAUUGAAUUAUCCAUUUUUCAGAUGUCUUUUGUGCUGCCUUUGAUGAGCGUAAAGUUCAGAAGGCCCGAGAAAGAACUGUUGAUGAUUUGGGAUACGAUCCGGGAAAACAAAUUCCAAUCGAUAUUGGGAAUACAAGACCAAUUUCUGGCAUACGGAAACCCGAAGUUGUGGUAUGUUUAAGAAUUUCUGACAUCACAAACAAUAAAAUGUUAUUUUGUAGCUUUUGAAAGAACAACACCAUUUGUUUGUUGGAGACCAAAAUAAUGCGGUUGUUUUGCAAGUCGCCCAGAAGAAAAAUGAUGGAAUACAUAGAAAUCCGUAUAAAAUUGGCGAACUUUUGGGAUAUAUCUAUGAGAAAAUUCAAUGGCCAGACCUGCCUCCACGUCGUGGAUUCACUUAUGAGAUUUUCAAUUAUAAAAAACCAGAGACAUCUCUAACUAAAGAUGGUAAUGCUCUACGUAGUAGAAGAACGAAUGUGCCGAUUCGUAAGGCUAGACUUGUGUUCACCAGAAAAACUGACAAAGCCGAUGCAAAAUUGGAGCAAGAGAAGAAGAAAUGA